AUGUGCUUACCGAGGUUUUUGUAUGAUGAGAUCCCGCCAAAUUCCUCAAAUCUAUGGCGCGAGAAUCGAGCAGCAGUGACAAUUCAACGAUCAUACCGAGAUCAUCGACACCGAAAACGACAAGCAGCCGCUAGGAAAAUCCAGAAUUUCAUGCGACAAAGCCGCAUCAAGUUGCGCAAAAUGCACGAGCAAAGCGCCGCCGGGUGUACGAUGGAACAGGGAGUGGAAACGGAGGUUGGAGUGUUGUGUCUGCCGGUCAGCCAAGCAACAACAACAGCGCACAACCCGGUCGUUCCCCAUGUGCCCCCUUUUGACCAUAGAUUCAGCGAGCUUCUCCAAUACGACGAGUGUCUGUCCUCCACCGGUGGCAUCCCUCCAUCAGCCCCUCUAUCAUCAGUCCAUUAUGGGAAUUGUCAAUCUGACGGGUAUGGACAACAAGCACCCACAAUCACAGCGGAUGGCUCAGCAACAGCUCGGAGCCAAUGUCAUCUCGCUCCAGGGGGAUCCUCUGCCUACAUCCAACAACAUAAACCAUCCGUCUACCCACCACCAACAAACGGUUCCCUUGCCACCGAUCCACACUAUCCAACCGAGCAACAACAACAUGCUCAAUGG